CCUGGGUCGCGUAAGCUUGAAUCUGACUUUGGACUCCGGGGGGAACGAAUUGGGCGGUGGACCACACCAGACCAUCGUAUCCCCCGACUCGCUCGAGGGCUUGAGAUUCACGAGGCGAGGUCCCGUCGAAUCGGAGAAAGCUGCAUCGUGCUCUGAUGGUUCGCGUCGGCGCAAGGUCGGAGCGGGCGCAAUUCGGUCUGUCGAGCGUGGAGAUCUGCGGCUCUGCUAGCGAGAGGAUAGUAGGAAGCUGUGGAGCGGAUGCGGAAGUGAGCUGUGGGAUUCCAAGGCUGCAGAGAAAUGCGGGUGUUGGGAGGAUGAACUGCUGGUGUGGUUUGAGGAGGGCUCGGUGGAUUGCAGGUGCGAUGGGUGGGCUUUGGAUUGCAGCUCGAGGGGAUGCUGUGAAUUGUGAAUUGUGAACUUUGAGCAGGUUCGGGGGGCGGGAAACAUGGAGAAAGUGCCACUCACGGUGAAAGGCACGAGCGGGGGGAAUGGGGUGGGCAAAGAGCGCUUGGAGGGGCUUCUGCAGCGCCACUUCGGGCACUCGAGUUUCAGAGGGCGGCAGCUCGAGGCCAUCGAAGCUGUGCUCUCGGGGCAGGACUGUUUCUGCCUCAUGCCCACCGGGGGCGGGAAGUCCAUGUGCUACGCAAUUCCCGCUCUCGCCAAGCCUGGCAUCGUGCUCGUGGUUUGCCCCUUGAUCGCUCUGAUGGAAAAUCAAGUUUCUGCUUUGAAGGCACAGAAGAUUGCCGCCGAGCAUUUGAGUUCGUCGCAGGGGGCCAAAGUCAAAGCCAAGAUUUACGAGCAGCUUGAGUCCGGCAGGCCAUCGCUGCGGCUGCUCUAUGUGACCCCGGAGCUCAUUGCAACCCCGGGGUUCAUCACCAGGAUCAAGAAACUCCACGGGAGGGGCUUGUUGAGCUUGAUCGCAGUCGACGAGGCGCAUUGCAUAUCCUCGUGGGGCCACGAUUUCCGGCCGAGCUAUCGCAAAUUAUCGGCCCUGCGCACUCACCUGCCCGACGUGCCGAUUCUGGCACUGACCGCCACCGCUGCGAAGAAGGUGCAGGACGACGUCGUCAAAUCGUUGGCGUUGCACAAUCCUCAAAUUUUCAUCUCCUCUUUCAAUCGACCAAACAUCUACUACGAGGUCCGGUACAAGGACCUACUGAAAAACGCGUACGAGGACCUGCGCAAUUUGAUCAAGUCGAAUCCCGACGACUGCUGCAUCGUGUAUUGUCACUCUCGAGCCACUUGCGACGAUGUCGGUCUUCGGUUAUCGCAGGACAAGAUUUCCAGCAGAGUUUAUCAUGCGGGCCUUGCAGCCAAGGCUCGAAGCGAAGCCCUGGAGGAGUGGACCUCGGGCAAGGUCCCCGUCGUCAUCGCGACCGUGGCCUUCGGCAUGGGCAUCGAUCGCAAAGAUGUGCGCAUGGUCUGUCACUACAAUGUGCCGAAAUCGUUGGAGGGAUUUUACCAGGAAUCGGGUCGAGCAGGGCGCGACGGAAAGCCUGCUCGCAGUGUAAUCUACUACGGGUUGGAGGACAAAGGCCUGAUGGAAUUUCUCGCCAGGAAGCCCGAUCCCGGGCAGAAAGCUCGGGAGAAAGUCGACGCCGAGAACCAAGUGAAGAAGAAUGUGGAAGCAUUCAGCCAGAUGGUGCAGUUCUGCGAGGAGGCGCGGUGCCGUCGACAGCGAGUGCUCGCGCAUUUCGGCGAGCAUGUGUCGACGGCUCUGUGUGCCAAAACGUGCGACUCGUGCAGGUUCCAGAGUCGGGUCGCGGCCUGCCUCGAAGAUCUGGCCCUCGCCUCGUCGUCCAAGAGGGAAGCGCGCUUCUCGUCGUACAUAACCAGCAGCAAAUCGCAGGGUUUAGGGUUUCAGGAUCGCAGUGAGUUCUGGGGCGACAUGAAGGACGAAGACGAAGACGAAAUCUCCGGCUCCGACGACGAGGAGGAAGAGGACGAGGCCACCGCGGAGGCCAUCGCUGCCAUCAGCAAGCGCAGCGUGGCCUCGUCGUCCAAGGUGGAGAAGAAAAUGGACGCGCUGCUUCGAGCAGAGCGCGUCUUCGGCAAAAAGCACGGGAGCCAAGCGGACGGUGGCAAAUCCAAAGACGCAGCAGCAGCCAGCGAGAAGAGGAAAAUCUCGCAAGCGCUUCGAGACGCAUGCGCCGAGAGACUCAAAGGCGCCGUCGAGCAAGCGAGCCAACGCCUCGAUCUGACCAGCAUCUCUGCCGAUUCCGGAGGCGUCGCGCUCGAGACGGAAUGCUUCCAGAAGUACGCGAGAGCAGGCAAGCCCUUCUACAAUUCGCAGGUCGCGAGCACCACCCGAUGGCUGGCGACGUGCACGAGCUCCGAGCUGGAACUGCGCAUUCAUCAGCAGAGCACACGAGAAGCUCGAUCCGAGACCUCGCCCCCAUCCGAGACCCGACCGGCAGAAGACCCCGCUCAGACCGCGGCCGAGACUCGUGACGGCCAGAAAUUCGAGCAAGCGAGCACUACAAAUCUACGAAUCCCAGCUACGAAUCAUUCUGUCGAGCAAGCGCCGGCCCCAGCCCCUCUCCCGCCUAUUCCAUCAUUCAAAGAUUUCUUGGGCAAGAGGAAACCGGUUUCCUUUGGCUCGACGAGAGGACCGAGUGCUCCCUUCAAAAAGCCUCGUCGUGUACAGGACCCCUGAUUCUUAGAAAACAGAAUCCCUAGCAAUUCUUUAGCAGCCCCCAAUUGUAUAAAAUUGACAUCACCUCGAAGCACGGACAGGCGAAGUGUAUAGCUACAACAGCGUGAGCGGAAUCGUUUUUCUCCGAUGAGCGUAGCGUAAGCGGGAGGGACGGAGAACAAUGGUCGACUCAUAUCUGUGAAGGAGGACAUUUUUGUAGGUUCUUAAAUCAACUCGGCAACGCUUGUCCCGUAUCUGGAUGUUGUUUCUCGGCUCGCUUCAUCGCAAAGGAAAUCAGGAUGAGCACGAUGAACUCGUCACAAGCGAGGAUGUCGAGUGCGUCAUCUCAAAUCUACGAAACGGGAAUCUGAAAUUCCAGGAUCCUUGCAGAGCUCGAGUUCAACUCGCUGUCAGUUGCGUAAGAAACAGAUCCUGUUCUGCCUGACGGCCCUGCCCGGCUGUGCAAGAAUCAUCAGUCGCGUGGGAAUGCCAAGCCGCAGAUGCAGAGCUAGCAGCUGGAUUCCGCAUCGGAGCAGCAGUACGUACGCGUUCAAUUCAUGCUCCUCAGUGGUACACAAUGUGGAGCUUUAGUAGCUCAUGCCCAAUGGCAGCACGACAAUGAUCGAAGGAAACGUCUCGUUGACAGACCCAAACCGUUGAUGUUGCAACGUCUCGUUGACAGAUCCUCGCACGACCACGCACUUAAUAACAUCCGUCCUUUCCACGGUCCAGCAAAUCUCGGAGGCGAAGCGAUUAUGACACAGAUCCGGAGGCAUUUCUUCUGUACCUGAGAUGAGAGUUUCUCAUAGCCAAAUGAACGACGAUGCUGCCACCUCCUGUGUCACAGAUAUGGGGUACUGUACCACAGCAAAGUCAUCCGUGUGGGUUUGCGCCACACGAUCCACUAACAUUGACGCGAAAACUAGGAGGUUAUUACGAACCAAUGUUUCGAAAUUAUUAUUUUUUUCCAAAUCAUUGUAAUCAUGAUUUUGGAUACCUUUCGUGUAUUCCAUGCACCAAAAGUUCUAAUAAUUUGAUC